AUGAAGUCAGCUAAAGUUUACGGAGCACCUCGCUUCGCAGACACCACUAUGCGUCCUGUAUCAGACAGGGAGACUGAACAGGCAAUUAUCGCUAUGAAAAAAGGGAGUCGGCUGUUGAAAUACUCCCGGCUUGGCAGGCCGCGUGCCUGCUACCUUCGGGUCACAACGGACGAGUGCGAUCUCGUAUACAUUUCCGGCGACCGUGAGAAAACGUUCCCUCUGGCCAACGUCAGUCAGAUUCUCUGGGGCCAGCGAACGGGCAGCUUCGCUCGGUCGUCCAGAAGCGACAAGGACAACCAAUCCUUCUCCCUCAUCUUCGGCGAGGGAGAGCGACCACUCGACGUGGUGUGGAAGGACACGGAGGAGGCGGAGAUGUGGUACACUGGCAUGCGUGCUUUGGUGGAGAGGAACCGGCGUCCUAAGUCAGAGCGCCUAGGGCUGAGCCACCGGCGAUCCGCGUCCAUGACCCUGGAUGAGCUUCGGGAGUGGUCUCCCGACAUGUCGCCCUUCCGACAGAGAGUAGAGUCAUCCCCCCCAGUGGAACCCAAUGAAAGCGGCAGCCUUGCCGACUAUAGAAGCCCCCCUGAGAGCCGAGGCACAGGCAGAGGCGAGGGCAUGGGCUUGGACACCCUCACAGGAGCAGAAGCAGGAGCAGCAGGAGGGGCAGGUAGCAGUACAGGAAAUACCAGUGCUGCUGCCAAUGCUGGUACUUCUUCUAGCCCUGCCAGUGCCAACUUUCCGUACGCAGCAGCACCGGCCCCAGGUCACAGCACAGUCAUUCCCUCUACUUGGUCAGCCGAUCGUGCCGAACUGCUCCCCGGGCUGCCCGUGAAAAGUUUUUACAGUGGGUCGAGCGACGGGUCUGGGUAUUUACCCAGUGCGACGAGCAGCAGUACAGGGGACGACGGGAGCGAGGUUCUGGGGGAUUUGUUUAUGUGGGGAGAAGGGCUGGGGGAUGGGGCGUUAGGAGGGGGCGGAUUGAGGAAACGUGGGGCGAGCAGUGCGAUUCCGAUCCCUGGAUUUGAUUCGGUGGUGCCGAAACCGUUGGAUGCAGGAGUGGUGCUGGAUGUGUGCCACGUGGCAUGUGGGGAGGGGCAUGCAGCGCUGGUGACGAGGCGAGGGGAGGUGUUCUGCUGGGGGGAGGAGGGAGGGGGGCGGCUGGGUCAGGGGCGUGAGAGGGACUUGGAACACCCGAAGCUGGUGGAGGGUUUGGAUGGUAUCCCUAUGGAUGAGGUCGCCUGUGGCAGUUUCGUCACACUCGCUCUCUCUAGGGCAGGGGAGGUGUUUCUCUGGGGGGACGGCCGCAAGGGCAGGGGCCUUCUGGGGGAGGGCGGAUACGAGGACAUGCCCCAGUGGGUGCCCAGGCGUGUGGGGGGAGCCCUGGACGGGGUGUAUCUGGUGCAGGUGGCAUGUGGGCCGUGGCACGUGGCGGCUGUAGCAGCUACAGGCCAGCUGUUCGCGUUCGGAGACGGCACGUUUGGAGCCCUUGGGCAUGGAAACUGCGACAUUAUCUCAUCGCCCAAGGAGGUGGAGUCCCUUCAAGACAUGUGGGUGUCCCGCGUUGCCUGUGGCGUGUGGCACACAGCAGCAGUCGUGCACGCCCCCGCCACUGCAAGCACCCCUUUCCCCCUUACCUCCUGUUGCCCCCCUCAAACACUCCACUACAGCAUUAUCUCAUCGCCCAAGGAGGUGGAGUCGCUUCGAGGCAUGCGGGUCUCCCGCGUUGCCUGCGGCGUGUGGCACACUGCAGCAGUCGUGCACGGUCCCAGCACUGCAAGCUCAGGCACCACCGCAGCAAGUGACACUGCAACGAUCCCCUCAGCGGGAACAAUUGAAGGCGAUUCUGCAGCAGCAGUGGGGACAGUAGCAGCAGCGGGGGCGGGAACAGGGGGAACAGGUGGAUUAGCUGGGGUCGGCAUGGCAGGGGGCGUGGUAGCAGGGGGUGUAGCAGGCGGGAGGCUGUACACAUGGGGUGAUGGAGAUAGGUACAAGCUGGGUCAUGGCGACAAGCAGCAGCAGCUGCUGCCCAAGGCAGUAGACGCUCUCAGCCAAGUUGACAUCUCUCAGGUAUUAUUCCCCAGCCAUCCCUCCCAGUGCCGUGAUGCCAUCCCUCCCUCAGCCGCCCAUCGCUCACCCUUCUCCCCAUUCCCCUGGUACCCCCUUAGCAGGUGGCAUGCACUCACGCCAUCAGGCCAUGUGUACGCCGUGGCUUGCGGGCAGGACAUCACAGUAGCGCUCACGCCAUCAGGCCAUGUGUAUGCCAUGGGGUCAGCAGCUCAUGGACAGCUGGGGAACCCCCAGGCAGACGGCCACACCCCAGCCCUUGUGUCUGGACCCCCACUAUUUAAGCAGAUCAAGCAGAUUGCAUGCGGCACCCACCACACAGCAGCCCUCACUGCAGCGUCAGAUAUCCUCUUGACACCCUUUUCCCCUCUUGUCCCGUUGCCCUUUCCAGCCCUUGUGUCUGGACCCCCACUAUUUAAGCAGAUCGAGCAGAUUGCAUGCGGCACCCACCACACAGCAGUCCUCACUGCAGCGUCAGAUAUCCUCUUGACACCCUUUUCCCCUCUUGUCCCGUUGCCCUUUCCAGCCCUUGUGUCUGGACCCCCACUAUUUAAGCAGAUCGAGCAGAUUGCAUGCGGCACCCACCACACAGCAGUCCUCACUGCAGCGUCAGAUAUCCUCUUGACACCCUUUUCCCCUCUUGUCCCGUUGCCCUUUCCAGCCCUUGUGUCUGGACCCCCACUAUUUAAGCAGAUCGAGCAGAUUGCAUGCGGCACCCACCACACACCAGCCCUCACUGCAGCGUCAGAUAUCCUCUUCACACCCUUUUCCCCUCUUGUCCCGUUGCCCUUUCCAGCCCUUGUGUCUGGACCCCAACUAUUUAAGCAGAUCGAGCAGAUUGCAUGCGGCACCCACCACACAGCAGCCCUCACUGCAGCGUCAGAUAUCCUCUUGACACCCUUUUCCCCUCUUGUCCCGUUGCCCUUUCCAGCCCUUGUGUCUGGACCCCCACUAUUUAAGCAGAUCGAGCAGAUUGCAUGCGGCACCCACCACACACCAGCCCUCACUGCAGCGUCAGAUAUCCUCUUCACACCCUUUUCCCCUCUUGUCCCGUUGCCAUUUCCAGCCCUUGUGUCUGGACCCCCACUAUUUAAGCAGAUCGAGCAGAUUGCAUGCGGCACCCACCACACAGCAGCCCUCACUGCAGCGUCAGAUAUCCUCUUGACACCCUUUUCCCCUCUUGUCCCGUUGCCCUUUCCAGCCCUUGUGUCUGGACCCCCACUAUUUAAGCAGAUCGAGCAGAUUGCAUGCGGCACCCACCACACAGCAGCCCUCACUGCAGCAUCAGACCUCUUCACUUGGGGCCAGGGCAGUCACGGCCAGUUGGGGCAUGGAGACGUGCGGGACAAGGAGACCCCCACGAGGGUUGAAGCCAUCAAAGAUCAGCGUGUGCUGUCGGUGAGGGUUCAUGAGGGUGGGGUAUGGAUGGAGGGUGGAGCAUGGCGCAUGGAGGAUGGCGCAUGGAGGAUGGCGCAUGGAGGAUGGGGCAUGGAGGAUGGCGCAUGGAGGAUGGGGCAUGGAGGAUGGCGCAUGGAGGAUGGCGCAUGGAGGAUGGCGCAUGGAGGAUGGCGCAUGGAGGAUGGCGCAUGGAGGAUGGCGCAUGGAGCAUGGCGCAUGGAGGAUGGGGCAUGGAGGAUGGGGCAUGGAGGAUGGGGCAUGGAGGAUGGCGCAUGGAGGAUGGUGCAUGGAGGAUGGCGCAUGGAGGAUGGCGCAUGGAGCAUGGCGCAUGGAGGAUGGCGCAUGGAGGAUGGCGCAUGGAGGAUGGCGCAUGGAGGAUGGCGCAUGGAGGAUGGGGCAUGGAGCAUGGGCCCUAUUUUGGAACCAGCAUCACGAGCUCAUAUCUCUGUCACUCUCUCUCUCCCUCUCCUCUCUCACUAUCACUCCCUCUAUUACAUUCACAUUCCUCUCAUUCACUCCCUCGAUUACAUUCACAUUCGUCUCAAUCACUCCCUCUACUACAUUCACAUUCCUCUCAAUCACUCCCUCUAUUACAUUCACAUUCCUCUCAAUCACUCCCUCUAUUACAUUCACAUUCCUCUCAAUCACUCCCUCUAUUACAUUCACAUUCCUCUCAAUCACUCCCUCUAUUACAUUCACAUUCCUCUCACUCACCCGCUCUAUUACAUUCACACUCCUCUCAAUCACUCCCUCUAUUACAUUCACAUUCCUCUCAAUGACUCCCUCUAUUACAUUCACAUUCCUCUCACUCACCCCCUCUAUUACAAUCACACUCCUCUCAAUCACUCCCUCUCUGUUCUCCACUGCAGGCAUCCUGCGGGCCAGCCAGCACAGCGGUGUCCUGUGGGCCAGCCAGCACAGCAGUGGUGUGUCAGCACAGGCAUGCACAGGGCUCAGACCACCACCACUGCACACUCUGCCGCCAGGCCUUCUCCUUUGCCCGCAUCCGCCACCACUGCUACAACUGCUCCCUCCCCCCAUGAUGGGGGGUCAGCACUGCCCCUCCCCAUGUGGGGGCCGGUCUCUCCGCCUCCUCUAUUCGCCUCCCUCGUUUCAAGUCAAGCCUUCGCUCCCAUGACUUACCAGUAUCCCCAGUACCCCCAUACGCAGGCACAACAACAGCAACAGCAACAGGCAGGGCAGCAGGCCAGCCUUCGCUCGGUGGCAGGCUUGGUGAUAGGCUCGGGCCGGCGGCCGUCCAGUCCGCUGAUGUGGCAGUCGAGUAAUAGUCCGUUGGGGGCGGGGAGAGCGGCAAGUCCUACGGGAGCUCAGGUUGCUGCUGCUGCUGCUGCUGCCGCUGCAGCUAUGAUAGCUGGUAGCAGUGCUGCUGGCGGUGGUGUGGGUAGAGGUGCUGCUGCUGGUGGUUUCCCUGUGAUUGGUGGAGUGGGAGUGGAUCCUUGGGAUUGGAGGCAGCAGGGGGGUGCGGUGGGGAGCGGGGAGGCGCGGUGGAGAAAGGCGAAGGAGGAGGCAGACAAGGAGAUUCAGAGACUGCGAGAAGAGCUACGAGUGGUGAAAGCUAGGAGUGCGGAGGUGGAGAGGGAGCGGCAGGCGGAGAGGCGGCUAGCGAGCAAGCAGGUGGAGGCAGCCUUCUCAGCGGCCAGCAGGGCUGCUGCUCGUGCUGCUGGCGCUCGUGACGUCAUCCAACUGCUCUCUCAGCAGCUCACCACUCUCACUCAAGAUCUCCCUGAGGGCAGCACCAAGCAAGUCAGCCUCGCAGUGACCUCCCUGCCAGCUGCUGUGGCCUACACAGGCCCGCUCCUCUUCCCCAUUCUCAUCCCCCUCCCUUUCCCCCCUCCCCCCCCUCUUCACUCCUGUCCCUCUUCUCCCCCUUUCUCUUCUCCCUCCCCCCACUUCUUUUUCUCCCUGCCCCCCAUCCAUACACAGCUCACCUCGCUCACACAAGCUCUCCCUGAGGGCAGCACCAAGCAAGUCAGCCUCGCAGUGACCUCCCUGCCAGCUGCCGUGGUCUACACAGGCCCGCUCCUCUCCUCCACCUCCAUCCCUCCAACCCUAACGGAGCUCCCUCCACAACAAGUUACCAGCACUGCCGCUGUGUUGGCUCCAGGACAGGCAGUAGCUGAAGGGGGGCCAUGUGGGGAGGGGGCACGUGGGGAGGGGGCACGUGGGGAGGGGGCACGUGGGGAGGGGGCACGUGGGGAGGGGGCACGUGGGGAGGAUACAUGUGGGGAGGGGUUGUGUGGGGAAGAGGCACGCGGGGAGGUACCAGGUGGGGCUGAUUGGGUGGGUGCUACUAGUGGCACUGCUCCAUCCACUGAUAUGGGAGGUGCCGCUGCUGCCGCCGCAGCUGCAGCUGCAGCAGCAGGGAUAGCUGGGAGGGACGGUGAGUCCGUUGCAGCAGCUGCGGCUGCGUUGGCCGCGCUGCGGGUGGAAGAAGAGUUGCGGGAAUCUUCUGAGGGAUGGGAAGGUGCACAAGACGAGGAGAUGGUUCAGAAAGAUGAAGCACAAAAGCAGCGAGGAGACGGGGAUGGGGAGAGCGAGAACGAGAUUCCUUCAGAAUCGUCAUACCUUUCUUCUCAGUCCAUGCCUCCUCCUUCAGACUCCUCAAACAUCUCUAAACCCGCCAGAAAAUCCAACAAGUCUUGGUCGUUUCGAAGCGCAGUGGGCAUGCCUUGGAGUCCUGCGGGCGGGUCAGAUGAAAACAUUGACUCCCCCAGAUCGCAGUGGUUCGGGCAGGUGAAUAGAGGCGCUGGGAAGACAGGCCUGGGGGUCUCUUCUGAGGCAUCUGUGGGGAGCGGAGGGCAGGGGCUUUCUGUUUGCGCUGCAGCAGAAGAGGGGAAUCUGCAUGGCGAUGCUUUAGCUGAUGUGGCUGAAGGGGAGGAUGAGGAGGCAGAGGAGAGGUUUGCUGGUGGUUGUAGGGAAGGUUCGGAGGGGGCAAGGGAGCCAGAUAUGGGAGUCUGUGGUGAGGAGGAGGGUAAGGAGGAAGCAGGGGAAGGAGAGGCGGAGGAACGGAGGGAUGGGAUGGAAGGGAUGGGAGCUGCGAGCAAGCAGGUGGGCGCUGAUGCUGCUUCCCGGAAAGGGGUUGCUGAAAGGGGAACUAUUGUUGUCUCUAAGAAGGUGACUGGCAUUGGGAUUCCACCUGUGUGGAACGGGAUCUGUGAAAUGACCCCCAGACCACAGCGACCGGCCAGCAGAUUCGCAGUAGAUAGGGGUGCGGGCAUGGACAGUGCUGCUGCUGUUGCUGUGGUGGAUAGAGAGGAGAGGGGGAACGGGCCACUGUGUCCUGAUGGAUUGGAAGGGAGUGGGGCAGUGCGAGAAGGAAGUGGGGCUCCAGGCGAAGCUUCGUUUGGAAGUGUUGUGAAUGAUGGAUCUGGUACGCUUCUUGCAGCAUCGGAUCUGGAUGGGAACGCUGCAGAAGCGAAUCCAGAGGAGAAUUAUUCUGUGGAGUAUUCAGAGGAAGGUGGUACAAAAUCCGCUGGACAAUGGGGGUAUGUGCCAGGCCAGCGGCAGUAUGGAGAUGUUGUGACGGGUGUGGAGGGUGUGGAGGACCGUGCGGGGGCAGGUGAGGAGGAUGGGAGCUGUGGCUGGCAGUAUGUGCCACGUGCUAUGAGCCGGGGCGAGACAGGGAGUGGUGAUUGGGAAGAUGCUGGGGGUGAGGAGAGUGCUGGGAGGGAGGUGAAUGUGACUGGGGAGGGGGGAGGAUACAAGGAGGAGAGUGCUCGAGGGGAGGAGAAUAGUGGGCGGGAAGAGAGUGCAAGCAGGGAGGAGAGUGCAAGCAGGGAGGAGAGUGCAAGCAGGGAGGAGAGACAUGAGAGGAAGCAAAGGAGCAGGAAGCUGGGAGAUGGGGAGUGGGUGGAGCAGCCAGAGCCUGGGGUGUAUGUGACUCUGGCAAAGCUGCCUGGGGAAGGGACUGAGCUUCGUCGAAUCAGGUUCAGGUAA